AUGACAGAAGACAACACCAGCACAGUCGCAUUGGCCCCGGCGAAUGAUGAAGAAUCAGAAACUGCUGGUCCCGAGGGCGCCCAGGAGCCGCGACAAGUCGUGAUGCCCGCCUUGCAACCGGGUGAGAUACCCACAACGACGACGUGGGAGAUUCGAUCAUGGUACAUGUACUACGUCGGUUGCAACGGCAUUGGCCCAUACAACUUUGCGCCGACGGCGUUCCAGAACCUGCUCUCCCAAGCCGCGGUCGACUCGAAGCUCUACUUUGCAGGCCGCGAGCGCGAUAUCAACAGCAUCGUUCUGCUCUGCAACGGCAUAUCAUUCGCCAUCCAGAUUGUCUUAUUUCUUGCCAUUGGCGCGUAUGCAGACUUUGGGACCGGCCGAAGAUGGGUGCUCCUGGUCUGGUCUAUUAUUGCGUACGGCGUGGGCUUUGGCUGGAUCGCAGUCCACGAUUCCGAGAGCUGGAAGGCCGGUGUUGGCCUCUAUAUGCAGGGGUUGAUUUCGUACCAAGUCACCACCACGUACUGGGCCGCGGCGUUUCCUUCUCUCGCGCGGAAUACAAAGCAUCUCCGGGAUUCCCAGGCAGGGUAUAAAAACGGAGAGAUAUCUCAGCAGGAACUACAUCAACGAGAUGACCUAGAGCGCAGCAGGCUGAGCAACGUUGCCCUCUGGCUCCAAUCCAUCGUUGAGGUCUUUCUCCUGGCUGUUAUUAUUGGCGUCAUGUUUGGCCUCCACGUUAACGACAGCGAGGCGAAGAAUAACUGGGGUUUAUCGGUGCUUAUUACCCUAUCAACGGCUUUCUGGCUGGUGUUUUCGGUGCCUUGGUUUGUUCUUGAAAAGACACGUCCCGGAUUACAGAUUCCAUCUGGGAAGAGUGCUCUGGUCGUCGGCUUUUGGCAGCUAUACACGGCGUUUACACAAGUGUGGAAGUUGAAACAAAGCCUCAUCUUCCUUGUCGGAUACUUCUUUUUAGGAGACUCACUAAACACAAGUGUGACAGUUUUUUACACACUCCAAAACAAAGUCGUCAGCUACAACACCCUUACACUAACAUACUUGCUACUGCUUAACGUGGUCUGUCAAGUGAUAGGUGUCGGUGCAUAUUGGUUCAUUCAGAAACGGCUUCGCCUGAGUAUAAAGCCCAUGCUAAACGCAAUCCUUGUAUUCACAGUUUUGCUGGCCACUUGGGGUAUGAUUGGGAACUGGUCGAAUAAGUUUGGGUUCCAUACUGUUUGGGAAGUAUGGCUCUUCCAGGUAUUCCUCGGCCUCUUCAUCUCCCCCUGGUACAGCUAUGCACAAAUUGCGAUUAGUUCUGUGACCCCCCGUGGCCACGAGUUUCUCUUCUUUUCGAUAUUUAACAUCGUCGGCAAGGCUUCUAGCGUCAUUGGACCGCUAAUUAGCAGUGCCAUUAUCGACGCCACGCCGGGAGGCUCUAAUACUAGCGCCCCAUUCUACUUUCUGUUUGCGCUGAGUCUGGUUAGUGCGGUGGGAAUUUGGAGGUUUCUGGACUUGGAGGAGAGUGCCAGAGAGCAGGAGCGCUUCCUUGCGGAUGAAAAUGCGCGCGUUCAUGGCGUUGCGAGUGCCGCUGGUGCGAAUGGCAGCAUACGGGGGCUAUCAAUACCGCCAUGA